AUGCACACCAACUCGUUAAACGACUUUUUGCUUGCAAGAGAACUUGGUCUUUAUCGACCAAGAAAUCUUCAACUUUGGGAAAACACUAGACGAACUUAUUCUAUCGCUUCAUGCACGAAAAAGGCAUUUGCACAAGAGCAUUAUGCUCCUAUCAACACUUUGGAUAUUGAUUAUGUCGAAGGAAGAUAUUUACUUUCUGGUGGUGCAGACUCUGAGAUACGCUUAUAUGAUCUUGAGAAUAAUCCAAAUAACAAAUCUAUUAGAUCAACAGCUGUAAUAAGAAAAAAAAAAGGUCAUGAUUACUCUGUUACAUGUAUAAAAUGGGAUCCAAAUAAUUAUGAAUACUUUAUCAGUUCCUCGAUGGAUGAAACAAUCAAAAUAUGGAACAUAGAAUCAAUGAAAGGGAAAUCGAUAAAGAAUGUGUUUACGUUUACUUUCGAUGCUCAUGUUUAUUCGCUUGCAAUUUCUUCAGUCGCUAAUCAUGGACUAAUAGCAGCUGCAUUAGCACAUCCAAAUAUACGAUUAUGUGAUACCCGCACGGGUUUGGCACUACAAUCAUUGAUAGGUCAUAAAAAUAUGGUUUUUCGUGUCGAAUGGUCACCAAUAUUCGAAUAUAUGCUAGUUUCAGCAAGUGCUGAUGGCACUAUUAGAAUAUGGGAUAUCCGAAGAGCAAAUCAAUCUUUAAUUUCGUUGGAUUAUUUAAAUAAAGGUGAACCUUCAUCUGCAACAAAUAAAGCACAUAACGGUGGAGCAAAUGGAUUAUGUUUCACUUCAGACGGAACGCAGUUACUUUCCAGUGGACAUGAUCGAACUGUACGCUUAUGGGAUGUAUACACAGGAAGGAACGCUAUGGUGGAUUACCCAAAUAUUCCAAAUACAACAAAUCUUUCUUUGCCAUUAGCAGUGACACCCUCGGCUGAUUGUUCUCCCCCGUUAAUAUUUCACCCAACAAGUCGCUCACAAAUUUUUGUACUGGAUUUAUACAAUGGAAGAUUAAUCAAACAGCUGCAAG